AUGGUUCUUUUAGACAACGAUGGGGUGAGAAUUUUCUCAUGUUCAGCCUUUCUCUUAAUGAUUUCAUGUAACAGAUCUCUGGUUAAUCUCAUUUUGCAUUUAACUUUUUUAAUUUCUCUAUUUUGUAUUCUUGGAAUGUAAACGUAUUUGAGGAAGAAGUCGUUAGUCUGUUUCCUUUCCUUCGAUUCACGCGCAUCAGUGACUUCUUUCUUUGUGUUUAGUUUCUCAACCAACUUACACAUCUUCUUCAAAGAACAAGGACCUCAGGAUCAGUAAAUAUCACAAUGAAAAGAUGUAAGUUUGUUACUUAUGUAAUUUAAAUUGCACUUCUCAGCUGUUUUCGAGUCUAGCUGAAAUCCUAUACGUGAUCAGCUGCAGUCAAAAGGAAUAUUUGUUCAAGGCACAGUUUACAGAAACAAGCUGUUUACGUGCCGUUCACGAAUUGUUCCAAUUUUUGGAUUCGGUACAACGAUUAAGUUGAAAUCUAUUGAGGUCGGACCAACUGGAUUGUGGUCGGAAAAUCGACAAAUAUGAAUACCACAUGAGGGAGAGAAUGAAAUCCUGAUACGUUAGUGUACAGUGUAUAAUGUAAUCUGUAUGAUGUCUGUAGCUACUUGCAUUCCAGACUCGGUAAGUCUAUCCCUUUCGUGUCUGAAUGAAGGAGAUUUGACUGUUGUUGAGAAUGUUCUUACUGCUUAUAAUCACGCUGUUAAUGAUGGUCCAUCAGUUGAGCCUGGAGAUAUCACCUUUUUCUAGUCAUGAUAUUUUUUUUACUAAAAUCAUUGAUUUUGUUUGAAACAGAUCAUGGUCAAACCAAGCCAAAACCCAAACCACGAGGUACAAAAAAACUACAAAAAUUGACAGCUGUUGAACAUGAAGGAGAAAGUAAAUGUCUUUUCAGAGCAACUAAUGGCAAAAAGAAACUUAGUACAGUGGUAAGAGGAAAAAUCUUUGAUUUACUGCUGAAUUUGUGAUCUCUUGGAAGAAACAGAUGAUGAGAUUAGACGAACAGAUUAGAUGAUUGUGUGUGAAACCCUGUCACUGUGACCACCUUUAAAGCCAUGAAACUGUGGUUGUAGAUUAUCAAGGAAAAGACUGAGAUUUAGAUUUGGACAGAAUAGUUGGUCAAAAUGAUACGGUAGUGUUAUUAUUGAGGUGGACAUACAUGAAAGACCUUGUUCCACUGGAGUAUCAGAGAGCCAACGUAAGAUCAAUGUCCGAUGGGACAAUCAAUCAGGGACUUUAAUGACCUUGAAAAACUUUGCUGGCUUUUAUUAUUUUAGUCUGUUCCUAGGCUUGAUUACCGGCUGCUGUUCAGGGAAAUGAGCCCUCACUCACUGCCCCCCCCCCCCCACGCCCUCCCCUGAAAAAUCUAUUCGGGGAGGAUCAAAGACCAGACCUGAAAGACAGCAGAAAUUGAGCCCAGUAUGGCCACAGUUCUGAUGAUUAUCUCAUUGGAUGGUGAUGUUCAAUUUACUGUUGGCCUAGUCUCCUCAUUAUCAAUUCAAAGGGGAUGUAAAAGGACCUAUGCUGUUUGAGAAAAGGUGUAACAGACUUCCUUGAGUGGUCUAUCUUUUCUGGGGAGAGGGGACUGUUACAGGCUUGCAGUAAGUUCCACCCUGUUGUGGUCAUUACCCUGCUAUGAAUUGGCAAGAGCUUUAAAGUUACUGUACUCCACGAGUGUGUGGGUGCGUGCACAUUUGCACAUCGUAACCCUAUACUUGAAUAUUGUUCCUUGUACACUGCUCUUUCCACUCUUGAUAACUCCUUGUUUUACAAUUCACAGGUCAAUGCUAAAGAUGUAAAUAGGUUUCAACUGGUAAGUCCUACCUGUUUAACUCUUCACUUCUUAUAGUGACCAAAAAUUCCCCCCAAAAAGCAAGUUUCGUUUUGCUAAAUCCUAUUGUUAAUACAAUGAUGCAAAAGUUCUUCCAAAGAGGCUUCUUUCGAAUGGUAACACCAUAUAGGAUUUCACCCACAGAGUUAAUAGUUAGAAUUUGACACAUAAUCUUUUGCCUUAACAUGGUCUGGGAGUCAAAGGGUGUAAGUCUAUUGAAUAGGUCUUGGAGGACACAAACAAAGAAAAUGAAUAAACAUGAAUAAUCAUGGUUUAUUCAUUAAAUUUUUCUUUUUUUGUGUCCUUUAAGACUCAUUAUCAUGCUGAAUGUUAAUAUACUGAAAGUUGCCUAUUGCUUGGAACAAUGUUUUGCUCUUGGAAUCCUUUGUUAAUGCUAUUUUAUCUUAUUCCUUUGCAGGCAUAUGCAAAUGUACUUAAGGCAAAUAUGGAUAAUCUAAAGAAAAGGGACAAGAAAACAGAAAAGAGUAAAGCUAAAAAGUCUAAGGCAACCCAGUAA